AUGGCCGCACUGCUCUUGGCGCUGCUGCUGCUGCUAGCGCUCUGCACCGGCGGCACCGAAGCCUCCACGUUCCCCCCGCAUGCCAAGGACGGACGGCUGUGGCAGCUGCUGCAGGCGGAGGACCAGCAGCUCUUCCGCGCGCCGGCGCAGCAGCUCUGGUUCAGCCAGCAGCUCGACCACUUCUCCUCGGACGCCAACGCCACGUUCAAGCAGCGCUACUACGAGGUGGACGAGUUCUGGAAGGCGCCCAGUGGGCCUGUGAUCCUCUAUAUCGGAGGCGAGGGCGCGCUGGAGCAGGCCCCCGCUGGGUUCGUGCACGUCAUCGCCCAGAAGUUCGGAGCCAAGAUUGUGGCUCUGGAGCACCGCUUCUACGGCAAGAGCGUGCCCAAUGGAGACCUGUCGACGGCCAACUACCGCUACUUGACGGUGCAGCAGGCGCUGGCGGAUCUCAAGCACUUCAAGGAGAGUUAUCAGAGGGAACUGGGCGCGGAGGACGCCAACCAGUGGAUCGCCAUCGGAGGGUCCUAUCCUGGAGCUCUGUCGGCCUGGUUCCGCGUUGCAUACCCGGACACGACCGUCGCGUCGCUGUCGUCCUCGGGUGUCGUGCAGCCCGUGUACAAGUUCCACCAGUUCGACGAGCAGGUGGCGCUGGCGGCCGGCCCGUCCUGCGCGGAUGUGCUCCGUCUCACGACUGCCGAGUUUGAGAAGGAGAUUGCAAGCGGCAACGCGACGAAAGUGAAGGGGCUCUUCGGCGCUCAAGAGCUGGCUGACCCCGACUUCUUCUACAUGAUCGCAGAUGCCGCCGCGAUGGCGGUGCAGUACGGCCACAAGGACAUUGUGUGUGAAAGCAUGGUCGGUGCUUUCGAGCGCAACGUUUCGCUGGUCGAAUCGUUCGCCAACUUCACGAUCGACAUGUACGGGGCUUCCUUCGGUAGCGAGUGCUUCUACGAUACCAAGUGCCUGGCUCACGAUCAAGCUCGCUGGGGAGACGGUCGCUCCUGGCGCUGGCAGAAAUGUUCUCAGCUCGCGUACUUCCAGGUCGCCCCCACAGAGAAAAGCCUGCGCGCGGCGAUGGUAGACCUGGACUACCAUUUGAAGCAGUGUAAGACUGUCUUCGGUGACGUCGUGAACCCUUCUGAAGGUGUUGAGGAGAUCAGCAAGCUGUAUGGAGGAGACCACCCGACUGGCCACAAGAUUUUCUUCUCGAACGGCGGCGAUGAUCCGUGGCAACGUGCGUCGGUGCUGGACACUCUGUCGGACGAUGAGAUUGCCAACUUGGCCAAGUGCGAGCUGUGCGGCCACUGUGGUGAUCUGCGUGCCAACCCGGACGUCCCCGAGCCGCUGAAGAAGCAGCGCGAGCAGAUCCUCGAGUAUCUGACUAAGUGGCUUGACGACGACAACGGCGAGCAGGAGCUUGCAGGCCUCCAGCUCGCAGGACUGCACAGGUCGUCACCACUAGUCCUGAUUCCCAUUGUUGUCGCGUUCCUUGCGUUGGUGGGAGUACUGCACGCUGACGUUGUUCGCGACGCUCCCGGGCGGAUGGACAUGAUCCGAUACCGGCUCGCGCACACGCACGAGUUCUGA